UCCACUUAAGAGCUGUGUCAACCUUGGGAGUUCAAGGUUUCGAAAAAUAAGACCUUGGGAGCUAAGGAUGUAGAUUACUUUUCAAAAAGAAAAGUUAAAGGAAUGUAGAUUACUUAUUAGUUAAGGCGUUCUAUUUAAUAUUUAUGCAGUUUGAACCCAUUGAAAAUCCAUUGCUUCCGUGGUCUCUUCUCAAAUCAAAUAUUCUUCGCCACCUAACCUCAAUUCUUCCAUUCCCAUCAAGGUUGGACUGUUGUUCGGUGGAUUUCAGAGGAAUUUUAUGCUCAGUUUUUGUGGGCUUGUUUGGACCAUCUAAACAAGAAUGGGGAGCCAAUCUAUUAAGUUGAAGGCAGUAAUAGACAAGGAGAAAAACAGAGUAAUACUUGCUGAAUCUGAAGGGGAUUUUAUUGAUGUUCUCCUCAGUUUUUUAACAAUGCCUAUGGGAACGAUCAUCAGGCUCACCCGUACUCAACUUCCAAGCAUUGGUUGCAUGAACAACUUGUAUGCAAGUGUUGAAAAUCUUGAUGUCAGGCGUUUCAGGACUCAAGCAUGCAAGGAAAUGCUUCUACAUCCUCUGAAUGGGGCUGCAACUCACUGCAAUUACCUGAAAUUGAAAAUUGACUACACGACCGAGAAUCUACAAUACCUUUAUUGUGGGGACUCGGAGUGCUUGGCAUCUAAGCACAAAUUAUUUACUCAUUACGGUGGUAGCUUUUGUGGUUGUGGAAAGCCCAUGGCGUAUUCGUUGAAUCAGUUGUAUAAUGCUGAGUCAAAUAAUAUUGUUGUUUCUGAUCCUCGAGAUGAAGGGGUGUUUGUUAGAGGACUGACCCGACUUAUAAUAAGUGACGAAUUACAUUUGAUGCCCCCAUCAGACACAGCAAGCUUCUCUUUGCUUGCCAAGCAUGGAGUCAUGGAUGCAAAUACCAUGGAGGAAAGGACGUUUGAUGUUCAUGUAAAUGAGGUUUUCAAUUUGCUGAAGAGCACCUUGGUAUCAAAGACACCUUUGACAGAAACUCUAUUAAAGCAACAACGAAUGCCUGAACCAAGGAAGGAAGAUUUAGGUGUAGGGUGGUUCAUUAAACAGAAGAUAGGAGAACAUGCAACUGAAGGAGAUAGGAAGAUUUGUGUCAGGCUCGUGCUGAGUAAAUCCAAGAAGAUGGUAUGUUAUGCAGAAGCCGCGGAGGAUUUUGUUGAUUUACUAUUCAGCUUCCUUACCAUUCCUCUUGGGUUUAUAGUCAAAGAAAUGCGUGGUUAUCCUUCCAAAGGAUGCAUAACUCAUUUAUAUGAUAGUGUUGAGGAACUGGAUACUGAGAAAUACUUCAAGUCAAAUGACCACAAAGAGACUCUACUUAGUCCCAAGAUGGCAUCUCGUUUUGGCUACAAGAACCAGCUAAUAGGGGUGGAAGAAGUUAAUCAGCAGUACUAUUUGUCGGGAGAUUAUCCUCGUAUUUUUACUCAUAAACCAACUAACAGGAAAUUUUCUACUUUAACCAUGAAUGAUCCUAAAGCACCACUUUAUAAGGAACAAGCUAUAAGCAAUGGAGGAUUUGUGUUGGGACCUGAAACGUUUACAGUAACCGAUGAUCUGGGAGUAACACCAAUAUCCCCUGUCUUACGUUUGUCUGUUCUGAGCAAAUUGAAAGUACCUUUCAGUGACAUUGAAGAGCGCAUUGUGCAUGUGGGCAAUGAGGAGGCUUUGCGUCUCCUGGUAGCUUCAUUUAUCUCUGAAUCUGCUCUAACUGAUACUUUUACCCCCAAAGGGCUAGAACAAGAAUACUGAGGCCUUGAAGCCAUCUUUGUUCUCUUAGUGGAGUCUGGAGCAAAGAGGAUGCACUGGUUUAUGAUCCUUUGUAUUUUGGUAUGUAAAUUUGUUGUCUCUACUUUUUGUUGACCCACAUAUGAUGUCCCGGUGAAUGAUGGUCUUGUAUUAUUAUUUCAAGUUCUACUUAUCUACUGAUAGUUGUAAUAGUGAUGGGUUUGUUCGAUAGAUUUAUUAAAUAAUUUGACUCAGCUAUUUGGAUAUCUUUC